AUGGCUGACGCCGUUCGCGUCGUCCCACCCUCCGAAGCGAAACAGCUGGUCGAGUCCGGUCACGUCUUUCUCGAUGUUAGAACACCUCAGGAAUAUGCAACGGGGCACGUCGCGGGAUCCAUCAACAUUCCUUUCAUGCUCACCGCUUCUGACGGAUCCAUGGUAAAAAACGCAGAGUUUCUGACUCAAGUCAAGGGAAAGUACUCGACCAGCACGCCCCUUGUUCUGGCUUGUCGAAGUGGAAAAAGGUCAAACAUGGCUGCCAACGUCCUUAGAGAAGUGGGCUACACAUCACUUGCAGAUAUGGAAGGGGGAAUGAUGGCAUGGAAGGGCUCGUUGCCACCAGCUUCGACCAUCAUCCUACUGCCCACGACCCUCAGGGUGUUACCAGCGACGCUCGGGCGCGUGUUCGCGGUGUCGGCGCUGCUGCUCGUCGCGCUCUCCACCGUGUCGCAGUACCGCGAUUUACAGGCCGCCGCCAUAAUGGCGGAGCCGCCCUUCCCCGUGCUGCCGCCGCUGGAGGUCCAUCGGCUCGUGGAGCAGCAAGGCUACGUCUACCUGGACGUCAGGACGGCAGAGGAAUUCGCGCAGGUGCACGUGCCGGGGUCCGACCUCAUUCCCUACUUCAUCACCGCGCCCGACGGCCUGUCGCAGCAGCAGGAGGUCCAACCUGGCAGCGUGGGAGAUGACUGCCCAGAAUUGCAGGGGUUCACAAGGCUCGUGGAUCUCAAGGUGGGCAUCAUCGCGUGGGAGGAGAGUGGGCUGCCCGUGGUGAGGCAGAGCAGCAAGCUUGAGGGGACUGCCCAUCCUCCUGUCAUCCAUGCAAGCAGGAUGUCUGGUUGA